CUCUCUCUGUACACAUCUAUCUAACACAGAUAAUAUCUCUAUAUUAAUGUCUUACUCUUUCACAUAGAUUUAAGCGUGUAAUUUCCAGUCUAAGUUAAAUCUUCAAUCAGUUCUUGGGAAAACAAAAUAAGUAGAGCAGGCAGUGUUUAGUAAGCAUAGCGCUGUUUCCCAAAGAAAAAAGAAAGUCUUUCCCGUUCACCGACGAUAAUGGAUAUGGAUUCUUCUUCUGAGAACUGGCUUGGCUUCUCACUUUCCAAUAUUAACAGCAACAGCAACAACAAUAGCAGCAUUAACUUGCCUUCUAAUAAUUCUUCAGAACUUUGCCUCUUCCAAGCUUUCAACUCCAAACCUAAUAGUAUUUUUCCCUUCUUCACUCUUCUUUAUUUUCGACUUCUCUAUCACAAAGAUCCUACAUGUAACUUACAUGUAGGAUCUCUGUCACUGUGCGGAGUGGAAGAAAAUGGAAAAGGUGCUGAUGGUCCGCCAAAGCUUGAGGAUUUCUUGGGAGGAACCUCAAGCAUUACUGCUGCAGCUACUGAAGUGUGUUGGGAAAAUCCAGCAACAACAACAACUACUACUUCUCUAUGUGAAUAUGGCUCUGAGCUGAAGACCAUAGCCGCUAGUUUUCUACGUAGCUUUUCUGCUGAUCAAAAUAAUUCGCAGAAUAAGCAGUUGGCUGUGGUGGCGUUGCCGCCGGCUAAGAAGGCAGUCGAGACCUUUGGACAACGCACCUCUAUUUACAGAGGUGUUACUAGACAUAGAUGGACAGGAAGAUAUGAAGCUCAUUUGUGGGAUAAUAGUUGCAGAAGAGAAGGACAAAGUAGAAAAGGAAGGCAAGUUUACUUAGGUGGUUAUGAUAAAGAAGAGAAAGCAGCUAGAGCUUAUGAUCUUGCUGCUCUCAAGUAUUGGGGUCCGACCACCACCACUAACUUUCCGGUAUUGAACUAUGAGAAGGAGCUUGAAGAAAUGAAGAGCAUGACAAGGCAGGAAUUUGUUGCUUCUCUUAGAAGGAAAAGUAGUGGGUUUUCAAGAGGAGCCUCCAUCUACAGAGGCGUCACAAGGCACCACCAACAUGGUAGAUGGCAAGCAAGAAUCGGAAGAGUGGCAGGAAACAAAGAUCUCUAUCUUGGAACCUUUAGCACCCAAGAGGAAGCAGCAGAGGCCUAUGACAUUGCUGCAAUCAAAUUUAGAGGACUAAACGCUGUGACGAAUUUUGACAUUAGCCGUUACGACGUUAAAAGUAUCGCCAGUAGCAAUCUCCCUGUUGGAGGGAUGAACAAUAAAUCAAAAACCUCAUCAGAAUCUGCUUCUGAAAGUAGUAAGAAUGUCGAAGGAAACCGAUCGGACGAUCGAGAUCGAGAUAUCUCCUCUGCUACCUCUGCUCCAUUUUCCUCUCAAGCUCCAAAUAUGGUCAACCUUGGUUUCGGAUUGCCUAUCAAGCAAGACUUUUCCGAUUUCUGGUCAAUCCUCGGAUACACUAAUGAUCAAAACAACGGUAGCAAAAACCCUAGUGCAAAUGCAACAUUCUGUCAUGGUCCGCCUGAUGGUACGACUAUUCAAACACAAGGUACAACAAUCAUCAGCAUGGAUCUCCCUGCUACUACAACCUCUCUGAAUGAAGUCAACAACAGUCGAGUCAUAUUCAAUGAAGAAGGGUACUAUCACCAGCAGCAGGAGCAGGAGCAGGAGCAACAAAGUGGUAGUUGUAGCACAAUAACUUCUGUCCCUAGUGACAUAAGCAUGGCCUUAAACAGCAAUGCCACUACUACUACUACUCUUGAUGGCUCUAAUUUUGGUAAUUGGAUGCCACCUUCUCUUCAUUCAUUCCAGACUACUGCAAAGAAUAACCUAGCACCAUUCCAGACCCCAAUUUUUGGCAUGGAAUAAAAUGGAAAAUAAUUGGAGGGAAAUUGAAAAGACGAGAGAAGUGGUGGACUUUUCCCUCUUGUGUUUUGAAUGGUUUUUUGUCACUUACCAAAGAAGUGGGCUGGUCAAAAAAGGUGGUAUUGGUGAAAUUUGCUUUUUUGCAUGGGCAAGAGAAGUGGGACGUACAAUAAUUUCACAGCAACUAAAACAGAGAUGGCAGGGUGCUAACUGAAUCUUUUUGAUUAAGUUGUUUCUUUACCUUUUUUUACUUUUUGCUUGUUUGACUGACAUGAGUUAUCUAUAGCUAGAAAAUCCCUUUUGUACA